GGGGGUGGGAGGGCAGACGGGGUAUUUGUGCGAGAGAGGCGCAAGAUCUGUGUGUGGAUACACUCGAGUUAGAACUUCCUUCUUCCCUCUCCCCUCCCCUUGGUUCUUCUGGCCUGCCUCCCGCCUCCCCCCACCCCCAUCUCUCCUCUCUCUCUUUCUCUCUCUCACACACACAUGCACACACACUUGUAUUUUGUGCUGUCGUAAAACCCACGUGUCCAGCCGGGAGGCUGCCAGAGCGUGGAGCGGAGGAGCCGGGACGCGGCAGCGGCCAAGAGCCCGCCGCCGCUGCUCGGUCCGGCGCCUUGGACCGCCCCGCACUCCCGCGCUCGGAGUAACUGCUCUCACGCCGUCCGCAGGCCUCCACCACAUCCCUGGCUUGUGGCCCCGGAGAGUCCCGGGGAGCCGGAUCUCUAGCGCUUUGCUCCUGCGCUGCCCAGGGGCAUGUAGCGUACCGGGGGCGCACACUCUUCUGCACGCUCGCCAAGACAGACACACGCACGCACGCACAAACCCGCCAGGCAGCUCCGAGUUUUCUGCUUGAAUCGUUGGACAUGCUGAAGCCCGGAGACCCCGGCGGCUCGGCCUUCCUCAAAGUGGACCCAGCUUAUCUGCAACACUGGCAGCAACUCUUCCCGCACGGGGGCGGAGGCCCGCUCAAGGGCGGCGGUGCCGCGGGUCCCCUGGGCGCACCACAGCCUCUCCAGCCGCCGCCACCACCGGAGCGCGCUGAGCCCCAGCCAGACAGCCUGCGGCCGCGGCCGACCUCGCUCUCCUCCGCCUCGUCCACUCCGGCUUCCUCCUCCACCUCGGCCUCCUCUGCCUCCUCCUGCGCUGCUGCUGCCGCCGCUGCCGCCGCCGCCGCGCUGGCCGGUCUCUCGGCCCUGCCGGUGGCGCAGCUGCCGGUGUUCGCGCCUCUGGCCACCGUCGCCGCGGAGCCUCUGCCCCCCAAGGACCUGUGCCUCGGCGCCACCUCGGGCCCGGGGCCCUCCAAGUGCGGAGGCAGUGGCGGGGACGGCCGGGGUGCCCCGCGCUUCCGCUGCAGCGCGGAGGAGCUGGACUAUUACCUGUACGGCCAGCAGCGCAUGGAGAUCAUCCCGCUCAACCAGCACACCAGCGACCCCAACAACCGUUGCGACAUGUGCGCGGAUAACCGCAACGGCGAGUGCCCCAUGCACGGGCCGCUGCACUCGCUGCGCCGGCUCGUGGGCACCAGCAGCGCCGCGGCCGCCGCGCCCCCGCCUGAGCUGCCCGAGUGGCUGCGGGACCUGCCCAGGGAGGUGUGCCUGUGCACCAGCACCGUGCCCGGCCUGGCCUACGGCAUCUGCGCGGCGCAGAGGAUCCAGCAGGGCACCUGGAUCGGGCCCUUCCAGGGCGUGCUCCUGCCCCCGGAGAAGGUGCAGGCCGGCGCCGUGAGGAACACGCAGCAUCUCUGGGAGAUAUAUGACCAAGAUGGGACACUACAGCACUUUAUUGAUGGUGGGGAACCUAGUAAGUCGAGCUGGAUGAGGUAUAUCCGAUGUGCAAGGCACUGCGGAGAACAGAAUCUAACAGUAGUUCAGUACAGGUCGAAUAUAUUCUACCGAGCCUGUAUAGAUAUUCCCAGGGGUACCGAGCUUCUCGUGUGGUACAAUGACAGCUAUACGUCUUUCUUUGGGAUCCCUUUACAAUGCAUUGCCCAGGAUGAAAACUUAAAUGUCCCGUCGACAGUCAUGGAAGCCAUGUGCAGACAGGAUGCCCUGCAGCCCUUCAACAAGAGCAGCAAACUCUCCCAGGCUCCCCAGCAGCGCUCUGUCGUCUUCCCCCAGACUCCAUGCGGCAGGAACUUCUCCCUCCUGGAUAAGUCAGGGCCCCUGGAAUCUGGAUUUAAUCAAAUCAGCGUGAAGAACCAGCGCGUCCUGGCGAGCCCCACCUCCACCAGCCAGCUCCACUCGGAGUUCAGUGACUGGCACCUCUGGAAAUGUGGGCAGUGCUUUAAGACUUUUACGCAGCGGAUCCUGCUACAGAUGCACGUGUGCACACAGAACCCUGACAGACCUUACCAAUGCGGCCACUGCUCCCAGUCCUUUUCCCAGCCUUCAGAACUGAGGAACCACGUGGUCACUCACUCCAGUGACCGGCCUUUCAAAUGCGGCUACUGUGGUCGUGCCUUUGCUGGGGCCACCACUCUCAACAACCACAUCCGAACCCACACUGGAGAAAAGCCCUUCAAGGGAGACCUGAGUGAACACUUACUUUUUGAGUGCAAGAUAUAAACGUCUUCUAGGAAAUGGAAAGCUAAAUCCUUCAGUGUAUACAACCGGAUCGUUCAGGAUUGAACUAUCCCAGGGGAAUUUUGGGAAUCUUCCAACCAUAGCUCAUGGAUAUCCAUCCCAUGGACAUUUGUAAAUAUUUUGAAGAUAUCCUUUUACAAGCCUAUAAAACAAACAUUCAAAAAAAAAAAAAAGUUUGUUGCAGAUUAGUCAAUAAAAUGGGUUUUGCCACAACAGUUAAUUUUACUACUUCAACUAAUGGGUAUUGACUUAAACAAUUUUGCAAAGAAGGAAAAGAAUCUUGUAAAGAAGCACAACCCUAAACUAUACACUUUGGGCAGCUUCCAAAUAGAUGCCGCAAAGGAUUCAGUCCCCAAACUGUCACACCCCAGGGCCUGGGAGGCCUUUGCAGGAUUCUUGGGGGGCCAGGCCCCAGCAGGGGAAAGCCCUUUAUAACUUCUAAAAUCUUCCGCUGAAAAGUGGUUUUUCAAGGCAAAUCAAGAUUGGUGCCAUACAAGCAGCCUGGAGAAGAUCUGGUAUUGAGAAGAGAGUUUCAUUCCAGGCUUUGUCUCAUGGUGUGAUUGGCUGAAAUCCCACUGAAAAACUCCCCUCUCCCCGCUCCCCCCAUGCUCUAGGUAGACCUUGAGCUUGUCAACGGCUAACCUGGGCUGUGGACUCUGAAUGUGUAAGGUGAAGGAGAUCAUAGGAAAAGCACAUUUCAAAGGAUCAUGUACUUUCAGUUUGUACUGUGAGACUGGAAGUUGUGGAGAACAAGGGACGAAGAUAAGACUUCAUUUCAUCUCACAGUAAUUGCCAAGCGCUUUAUCAAAAAGAGGAGGGAAGGAAGGAAGUUGUCAGUCUCCAACUUACUCUUUACAAUAAGAUCUCCUUCUCCUUCUCUGUUAUUAAACAUGAACUCUCAAGAUUUCAGGGAGGCUGCUCUGCCUGGAAUCCAUGUGAGCUGCUUGAUGCCUGGCUUCUGGGCCUGGGAAGACCAGGAGUUUUCAUAGUUUCUUUUCCUCCUCAUCAUUAGAAGCAGGGAAAAUGCUCGUCACUACGUUUUUGCCUUAAGACAAUUUGACUUAGUAUAGAAAAUAAUCAAAGGAUAUUCCAAAAAGCAUCUCAUAUUUUAACAAGAUCUAGUCAAAAUCAAAGCAAAUCAAAAAAGCACAUCAGUAAAUAUGCAUAAUAUGCAAUGAAUGUGCAUUGCAUCAUAAGUACGAAGCAGUCUGAUUUAAUUCAGGAAGUAUUUGGUGACAGGCCAUCGAGGACCAGAAAGAAAGCUUCCUGCAUGUUUUCUGUGUGACAGAACUUGACAUCAUUUUACACUUCCGUCAAUUUCAGGUGACAAUUGUUAAGCUCCCUCUGAACCUAUAAGCCAGUCAGCUAUCAUGUUAAGUAAAGAACGAUCUCAAAUCUAAAAGGAACUCAAGUGUAAUUAUAGAAGAUGCCCACAUUGGUACAAAGCUGGGGACUUGCUCUUUGCUGAAAUAUUUGGACAACUUUCCCUUCGUUGUUCCUGCGACGUUUGCUUCCAGGUUGUGACAUCAGCACUGUGAGAAAGACCCUGUGCCCGAGCAGGUCUUUUCCUCCUGGAUCAUUACCCAUGUCUUUCUUUCUCUUUUUUUCUGCUAAGUAGCAUGAAAUCCAAGCUUGGAGGGUCCCGUGCCCAGGCACUUGUCUGGGACUGUAAUUCAGGAUUAGUUCACUCCCAGGCCAGCUGAAGUCCAGCUCUGACCUGCCAGAGCUGUCUGUCUGUCCUGAUGAGUUCUUAGUGUCUCUGAAAAUGAUUUGUGAAGAGAUUUGUUUCUAAAAUUAAAGACGAUGAACAUAAAACCAAGGCUCUUCCUUUAUUAAAAAAUGGUUUUCUAUCAAGCUUUUUUUACUUCCUUAAUUAUAUAAAUGGUAUUCUUAUAAUUACUAACACACAUAAGUAUUCAUUCUGGUAGCCCACUUUUCUCCAGAAGGGGAAAUUCCUAGGUAAAGGAUCUAAGUUAAGGUAACUGUCCACACAUCUGCGUACGUUUUCACUCACACUUGGUGAGCAGAUGGCCCUAGAGAAGAUUUUUCAGUGAUGAUCUCAGGAGCCCUAUAGAUUUAGUAAAUCUCCCGACUAUGACAACAACAAAUGGUUCCAUGAGUGUAAAUAUCUGGGAGGCAUUCAGGCAAACACAUGAGAAAAGUGUCAACCCAGCUUGUACUAUCUGAUGCUUAUAUAUAGACAUGCACCCUUGCCAUAUACAAAGCACUGCACUUCCCACUUCUGAACUGUUUAUAUCCUGAUACACGAGAUCAGAGGUACAAAAGCACAACCUACGUGACUGGUCAUUCCUUACAAUUGUUCAAACUCUUCUGCUCUCUUUGAAAUUGAUUCUAAAGCUUAAAAAGUUUUAAAAAGAAGGAAUAUAAUAAUUUGAAAGUUUAUCGGGCAGUGCAAGGUAGUAUAUUUUGACACACCAAUCCAGUAACUAAUCAGUUUUCUAAUAAACAAUCAGCAGCUCGCUGGCAUGUCAUCAGCACUUCAGGAGCUCUGGAGAGGGGAUAAGCUGCCCAUGGACGUUAAUGAAUACACCAAAAAUCAUUAGCUGAUCAAUACUUCUGAGUUAUUUUCAUUGAGCUGAUAGGUCUGAUACAUUAAAGCUGACAUUAUACAUUUGUCAAGAUCACAGUGCAGUUUUUAACAGUGGAACAGGCUGCUAAGAAUAUUCCCUGAAAGACAAUCAAAGAAACACAACUUCCUCAUCCUGACACAUCCAGCUGGCACGGGAGCCCUGAAAAAUCCAAGUGUGAUGGUCAAGCUCCAGCCUCCCGAUGUUAAAAAAAAAAUAGGUGGGACUCCCUAAUAUGGAUAGAGGUGCUUUAUUUUUAUAGGUAAUUGUCUUCCUAGCAAAGCACUUUGUGUACUUUACUCAAAAGGAAAAUGAGAGACCCUCCGACUGGAUAAUGGGGCUCACAGCACAUGUGAUGCAGUGCGGACUUUCUGCUGAGGGCUUUCCCUCAGCCCCACCAGUGACCA